AUAUAAUUCAUUAAGGUGAGCAGUACAUAAUAGAUGUUAAUCGCAUUAUUAGAAGUUAUUUCCAAUGUUGCGGAAACCCGUACAGCCGAGAUUCGUCUGCUAGCUCAUGGUUUCAGACUUUUGAAGUAGUUGAGAAGAACACAAAAACUAGACAGAAUUUUAUACUUAUUUAAGGAGAAAAGUGAUUUGCCACUAAAAUAUGGCAGCCAGGGUCAUAUUAAGUCAGGGUUUACGGCAAUUGGCAAUAAGUCCAAUAGCUUUCACAAUGCCGUCGAAAUACACAACCAACUUACCUGUGUUGUUGAAAGCUGGAGGGAAUUUGUCAUUCGCGCGAAGCUUUUCCGAACCCAACGAUGAAGUUGCUUCCGAGCCAAAUCCAGAAAGUGACCCCAGUUUAGUUGUGGAUCAGAAAGAUGCGUCCAAAAUGCGUAAUCGUGUAAUUCCAGUAGAAAUUAGCAUGAAGUAUUUAAAGAGUAAAGGGUAUUUAACAACCUAUGGUUCAGAGCCUGUGUGGGUUAAAUAUCGCAGAAAUUUCAAGGGCCAGUUUGCUCCAGAGACAAGAAAGACUUGCAUAAGACAAGAAAAAUUAAGUACUGGGAAUCCUUGCCCAAUAUGCAGAGAUGAGUACUUGAUACUUGAUUACAGAAACGUUGAAUUAUUAAAACAGUUUAUUUCACCCUUCAAUGGAGCUAUUCUGCCAACACUGAAAACUGGUUUAUGCCAAACUAAACAAAGGGAACUACUUGUGGCAAUUACAAAAGCUAAAAAUUACGGUCUAAUCGCGUUUGAUGUUCCCAUUCGUGAAUAUGAUUAUUCUGAUUAUCGAUCAUAAAUGUGAUAGUAAAUACAGCAGUAGUUAAAGUUG